CUCGCCGUGCGAGGUUGUCGUCAGCUCGAGAUGCGUUCGCUCACGAGCGCACGCUUUUACAUAUUACACAAAAAUUGUGCAUUCAGUGUUGAAUAAGACUGUUGAAUUGUGUUCAAAAAAUAAAUUCAAGUGAUCUGUGAGAGACUAGAUAGUGAGAUCGGACUAUUAAAAUUUCUGGCAUACAGAGACUGAUAUCGCGAAAAUAAUCCACCAUUGGGCGCCGUCGAGGACUUCCAUCCCGGGCGAUGCAGGGUGCAGCCAACGCACCCGCGCCCCCCGCGGCUGAACCACCGUCUUCGCAACAAAUCAAAACAGAGGACAUCAGCGAGGCUAAAAUCGAAGCCGACGAGGAAAUGGAUAAAGUGAAAAUUGAACAACAGGAAAUGAGGAAUCGUACGACUAGUAUCGACAGCGACAACCGUUCGGAUAGGAGCGACGAUGAGGACGUCAGAAGGGCGCGAAAGCGGGCCGCGUCCACUUCUCCUUCUCCCAUCCCGAUGGACAAGAGGGUCGCUCGCUUCGAGUGCCCGAAGUGCCGCCAGCGUUUCGAUUCGGUCAACGCUUUCGACAUUCAUCGGUUCACAGCGCACGGAGAUGAUUCAAGAACGGGCCACAACGAGGUUAGUCUCGUCGACUACUCGACAAAGAAGAUUCCAGAAAUCAUACGUGCCAGGAACCACGUCUCAUCGACCGAACAACGAUACAAAUGUGACGUGUGCUCGAGGGAUCUCCCCAAUAUUCAAGUAUUUGAGAUUCACAGGAAAACAUGCACACCGAAUCGUGGCUUGAGUCCGAUACGCGACAGACGAGAAGAAUUCUUGGCUAAUCUAGAUCUGCGGACCAAAUCGUUCGGGAUUCCGGGCACGUUGACGCCGCCGAUGGAGAGAUUUACAUCGAAGUUCGAAGACGGACAUCUCGCGACUAACGGUAUAAGACAUAUCGAUGCAGCUCGAGAUUUGGCAGAUAUUCAAUCGAUAUUGAACGUCACGUCUGCGGGGAGUCUUCUCGAGAGACUCACUGGUAACAGAGUAGCUUUAGAGAGCACUGUACUUACGCCUCCAGACACCGUCGUUAAAGAACGAGAGACUGAAGAGACACAGGAUAACUUUGCCGCUGAAUUCAGGAGGAUGAAGCUUCGGGGAGAGUUCCCUUGUCGCUUGUGUCCAGCUAAAUUUCCCAAUCUUAGAGCUUUAAAGGGCCAUAACAGAGUCCACCUAAGUGGAACAGGACCGGGCCCUUAUCAGUGCAACAUGUGUCCACACGCAUCUUUAGAUAAGGCGGCUCUUGUGAGACAUAUGAGGACACAUAACGGUGAUCGUCCAUAUGAGUGUGCGGUGUGUAAUUACGCGUUCACUACGAAAGCAAACUGCGAGAGACAUUUAAGAAACAGACACGCCAAAGUAACCCGUGAAGAUGUAAAACGCUCCAUCAUUUACCAUCCGUCCGAAGAUCCGAAUAAUGACGAAGUCAACUCGAAGCUCGCACGCGAUGAAGUCAAGAGAUCUCUCGCGUUCCACACCCCAGAUAUGGAUAGGCGAAAUGAGAGCACUGGUCGCGUGACUCCGCUAACUCAUUUUACGCCUAGUUUCAUUACCGAAAGACAUCCGGUCACAACACUUACAUCGAAAGCUUUACCGGAAGCGCCGCUUUUGCGCGAAUCAGACCGUCCCACGCCAAGGAUCAAAGUGAAAGGAAUCGGUCAGUUAAAUCAAAUCCCUGAAUUCAGAUCACCAGAACAAAAUUACAAAACCAAUGACGCUCAUUCCGAAACGUAUGAUGAAGAGGUCCCUGUUGACCUAAGCACGAGUGAUAAUAACAGUUGCGAUGUCCUUGAUCUUAGCAAAAAGAAACGCGACGCCGACGAUGAACGCAAAACCCCUGUACGCCCUACAUUCGAACCAGAUCCUGCGUCCGUUGCUGCUUCGGCAUUAGAAAAAACGAGACUACUCUUAGCCCAGCAAAGAUUAUUUGAAACGUCGCUCCCAAAAAUUGACCCAGCUUACUAUGCUACUCAUCUAUCUCAAAUAUACGCUGGUGCGGUACCAGGAAUUCCUGGGUUACCACUGCCCCCGUCUUUUCCUUACUUUCUUCAACCCUCGUUUUUCCCCCACCCCUCUGACACACAAGAACUUGCAGAGAUAAAGCAACGUAUUCAAAAAGAAAUCAUCCGUGGGCUGAGUAUGUCCGGUGGAAGGCUUAUUCCAAAUGAACAAGAAACUGUUCCUAAAGAAGAACCCGAGGAAGAAGAAGUAAAGCCAAUUCCACAAAUGUCAUCGCCUGCGCUGUCGCCUCACCCAGAAUCUCCCCGACCCCUGAGCAAUAACCUCGUCCCUCAGACAGACUCCGUAAAGAUGGUCAUUAAAAAUGGGGUGCUUAUGCCAAAACAGAAACAAAGACGCUAUCGUACAGAAAGACCAUUUUCUUGCUCACAGUGCUCUGCUAGAUUCACGUUGAGAUCUAACAUGGAAAGGCAUGUAAAACAACAGCAUCCCCAACACUGGAGUGUCCGUAGACCCGCUCAAAGAGGCCCCCCACCUUACACCUCUACGGACGCUUUGGCCGAUCGCGUUAAAUUCGCCCUUUUGGCUCAUCACCUUGAACGACCACUGCAGUCAGAGAGAUCGCCGGCGCGACGAGACUCUGAUGAAGUCGCCGAUAAUGAAGAAGAUGAGGACGACGCCCUAAUAAUUGACGAGGAAACGGAUGUGGAAACCAAGUCCGAAGAACACACUGCAGCCCGACAAGCAGCUGCCGAAAUACUGAUGGCUUCACGACAACAAGAGAUCAAUAAAGACUUUGAUCUUAAAAUAGCAGGCAAUUUAAUUAAUAAACCAGUUCCCAUAGCAGAGAAAACAGAAUCUGGACCCGACCCUACACCAGGACAAGAUUUGCUAACCGUUCCAGUUGUACCGACACGCAGUGACGAGGAGGAAGAUGAAGAAGGCCUGGUAGCUUCAACAAGCGAGGGAAAUAACUCGGGCAGCGACGAAAAUAAAUCUGAAUCUGAUGUCGCACAACCACCGAAAAAGAAAUCGGCGUACAGUCUCGCACCGAAUAGGGUCUCGUGCCCUUACUGCCAUAGAAAGUUCCCGUGGUCUUCGUCCCUCCGCCGUCACGUCCUCACUCACACGGGCCAGAAGCCGUUCAAGUGUCCCCACUGCCCUCUACUUUUCACCACCAAAUCGAAUUGUGACCGCCAUUUACUGAGAAAACAUGGGGGGUCAGCGCGUGCCAUACUCGCCGAGCCCAUACCGGACACCGUGAUGGCUCCCCAGCCCGCGAAUGAGAACAGGAGUGUUCCAGAGAGGCCUUUCAAAUGUACAUCAUGCCCAACCAGCACGUUCUCCUCUAUAGAAACUUUAAAGAAGCACAUGUCCUCUCGGCACGGGACCGAUUCGCGGCCGAGCUCGCCAAACCUGGAGAUUAUUGACGACAACUCUGAGAUGGGCCUCGCUUUCAAGUGUCAUUUGUGCGAGGCGUCCUUCGGCGACAGAAGCGGGGCCCUCGCGCAUUUGGCAGCCACACAUGCGACUGAAUACGAACAGCUGGUGAAUAAGGGGGCGUUGGAUGCGGCCAGCGACAGGAGUGAAAGCGCUGACGAUGACGACAGGGGCAAGUUUCCCGACCACGCUAAUCGAAAGGUAGUCUGCGCGUUUUGCGUCCGCCGCUUCUGGUCCGCUGAGGACCUGCGUCGCCACAUGAGGACGCACUCCGGCGAGAGGCCGUUCGCUUGUGACCUCUGCUGCAGAAGGUUCACCCUGAAGCACAGCAUGCUCCGUCACCGCAAGAAGCACAGGGAGGACCACACUGAUGACGAAGAGACUUCGCCUCCGAACACCCCAGUCGACAACGAAGCCAACGGGUAUCUGUACCGGGAGGACGCCGGAUCCGGACCGGAGACCCCGAGCAACGUGAACAACAACAACUCGCCGCCCUCCGGCCCCUACGAGAAGAAACUAAAGCUCGACAUGGUGUCGAGGAAGUACUCAUCGGAGGCCGAAAUCGAAGGCGAAAACGGAAGCGACCUCAUCGGGAAGCUACUGGGAAUCCCCGACAAGACCAUCAACAAACUGCUCUCAUCGGCCGACGAGGCAGCGAAAAUACUCGGAGUCAACAAAUGAGAGUACGCUUUAGUCCUCGUGGCUCCAGCCAGGCUCGUCCUGGCGCCGCGAGGACUAGCACUCCCGGUACAACUUCGAGCGCAACGUUAAAUCGAUGCGACGCCAUCUAUCAACGAGUAGCGGAACUAUUCGCUUUGUAAAUACGCUUUCGGUGCCUUCAGCUGCCUUAUUCAAAAUCCGAAUGCCGUCCGGUAGUGUCUUAUUGUUAGAUUUGGGUGAAAAAACAAACGAAGAUUUAAUGUUUAGUGCCAGUUACAAGUACAUUUAGUGUAUGACUAUUGUAGUUGUAAGUUUUACUCACAUAUUGUAUUUAGUGUUAGCCAGUUUUGUGAGCACACAUAUCUUUUGUAACGAGCAUUUCCAUCUAGUCGCGGCACGUAUAGAACGUAGUUCACCAUUACCUUUUCAAUCUUUAUAUUUAAAAAAAAAAUUAGCUCAACUUCUAUUUUCUGUGGUCAUGAAAUGGUGAAAUUCGUUUUCAAACUCACCGGCACAUGUAGUAUAAAACAAACAGCCAAAUAAACCUUUUUUUUUUUUAAUUUUCGCAAAUCCAAAAUUGUCUAGUCAAUAUUGAAACGAUUAAACUAAGCUAAUAUACCAAAAUAAGGAUUAGACUUUUUUUACAUUCAUAGUAUCCGGUCGGUCUUGUGUGACCAGCCUUCAACCAAUGAUAGCACUAAGUUUCGAUUAAGGAAAUUAAGCAUAAUCUUUUCGUAUCUUUCUUAAAGCACUAUCUUUUUUUAUUUCAACUCUAUUAGUUCGUUCGUAAACUCAAAAAAUUAUUUUGCUCAAAUCCAUGGCAUUUCUAUUGACAAAGACUAUUAAUAUAAAUAUGUUUUAAUGUGUGUAAAGACUAAGAUCUCUUUAAAAUAAGUGUACAUUUUUAUUUUUUUUAUUUUUUUAAACGAAUGAGUAUCCUCGGUGGACUAACGUUUACCAAAACGGGAAAGAUUAGUUUAAAGUAUUUUUUUUUUUACUUUUAUUUACGAAUUAAAGAGUUUUAUUUAGAUUUUAUUUUUUUAAUGGUGCAACAUUUCGUUUAUGGGUUUAAAACUCUUUAGGGUAGCUUUAGUAUAUAGUCUCCCUGUAAUAUGGGAAAGAGAUCAUACGCUAGAAUAUACCUAAGUCCGAACAUGCUUUGUAUAUUAUGAGAAUGCUAAAUAUAUAU